CGGCGGGCGCGGAGCGAGCGAGCGAGCGCCUCCGUCCCCGGAUGUGAGCUCCGGCUGCCCGCGGUCCCGAGCCAGCGGCGGCGCGGGCGGCGGCGGCGGCGGCGGCGGCGGCAGCGGGCACCAGGCACCGCGGCGGGCAGGCGGGCAUGGGGGGCGCGCCGAGCGGCCCCGGCGGCCGGGCCGGCAUCCCCGUGGCGUCCCUCCGCUAGAGGAGAGGACCAAGCCAAUUCUCCUUUGCAGCAAAAAAUUACAUGUAUAUAUUAUCAAGAUAAUAUAUACAUCCGAUCUUAUUUUUUAAAAAAAGUUUAUUUUGCUCCGAUUUUGAAAAAAGAGGGAGCGUGGGUGGCCAGCGGUUUUUAUAAAUUAUUCUUAUUUUCUGUUAUCUGUCCCCGUCCCUCCCCACCCCCUGCUGAAGCUUGAAUAAGGGCAGGGACCGCGGCUCCUACCUAUCGGUCACCCCCUAAACGUUCCUCCCCCGCCCUAACGCCCAGCACAGUGCCCUGCACACAGUAGGCGCUCAAUAAAUGUUCGUGGAUGAUGAUGAUGAUGAUGAUGAAAAAAAUGCAGCAUCAACGGCAGCAGCAAGCGGACCACGCGAACGAGGCAAACUAUGCAAGAGGCACCAGGCUCCCUCUUUCUGGUGAAGGACCAACUUCUCAGUCGAAUAACUCCAAGCAAACUGUCCUGUCUUGGCAAGCCGCAAUCGACGCUGCUAGACAGGCCAAGGCUGCCCAAACUAUGAGCACCUCUGCACCCCCACCUGUAGGAUCUCUCUCCCAAAGAAAACGUCAGCAAUACGCCAAGAGCAAAAAACAGGGUAACUCGUCCAACAGCCGACCUGCCCGCGCCCUUUUCUGUUUGUCACUCAAUAACCCUAUCCGAAGAGCCUGCAUUAGUAUAGUGGAAUGGAAACCAUUUGACAUAUUUAUAUUAUUGGCUAUUUUUGCCAAUUGUGUGGCCUUAGCUAUUUACAUCCCAUUCCCUGAAGAUGAUUCUAAUUCAACAAAUCAUAACUUGGAAAAAGUAGAAUAUGCCUUCCUGAUUAUUUUUACAGUCGAGACAUUUUUGAAGAUUAUAGCGUAUGGAUUAUUGCUACAUCCUAAUGCUUAUGUUAGGAAUGGAUGGAAUUUACUGGAUUUUGUUAUAGUGAUAGUAGGAUUGUUUAGUGUAAUUUUGGAACAAUUAACCAAAGAAACAGAAGGCGGUAACCACUCCAGUGGCAAGUCAGGGGGCUUUGAUGUCAAAGCCCUCCGCGCCUUUCGAGUGUUACGACCACUUCGACUAGUAUCAGGAGUGCCCAGUUUACAAGUUGUCCUGAACUCCAUUAUAAAAGCCAUGGUUCCCCUCCUUCACAUAGCCCUUUUGGUAUUAUUUGUAAUCAUAAUCUAUGCUAUUAUAGGAUUGGAACUUUUUAUUGGAAAAAUGCACAAAACAUGUUUUUUUGCUGACUCAGAUAUCGUAGCUGAAGAGGACCCAGCACCGUGUGCGUUCUCAGGGAAUGGACGCCAGUGCACCGCCAAUGGCACAGAGUGUAGGAGUGGCUGGGUUGGCCCCAAUGGAGGCAUCACCAACUUUGAUAACUUUGCCUUUGCCAUGCUCACCGUGUUUCAGUGUAUCACUAUGGAGGGCUGGACAGACGUGCUCUACUGGAUGAAUGAUGCUAUGGGAUUUGAAUUGCCCUGGGUGUAUUUUGUCAGUCUCGUCAUCUUUGGGUCAUUUUUCGUACUAAAUCUUGUACUUGGUGUAUUGAGCGGAGAAUUUUCCAAGGAAAGAGAGAAGGCUAAAGCACGGGGAGACUUCCAGAAGCUCCGGGAGAAGCAGCAACUGGAAGAGGAUCUAAAGGGCUACUUGGAUUGGAUCACCCAAGCAGAAGACAUUGAUCCUGAGAAUGAAGAAGAAGGAGGAGAGGAAAGCAAACGGAAUACCAGCAUGCCCACCAGUGAGACGGAGUCCGUGAACACGGAGAAUGUGAGCGGGGAAGGCGAGAACCAAGGCUGCUGUGGGAGCCUCUGGUGCUGGUGGAGAAGAAGAGGCGCUGCCAAGGCCGGGCCCUCAGGGUGUCGGCGGUGGGGUCAGGCCAUCUCGAAAUCCAAGCUCAGCCGACGCUGGCGUCGCUGGAACCGCUUCAAUCGCAGAAGAUGUAGGGCUGCCGUGAAGUCUGUCACAUUUUACUGGCUGGUUAUUGUCCUGGUGUUUCUCAACACUUUAACCAUUUCCUCCGAGCACUACAACCAGCCUGACUGGUUGACACAGAUUCAAGACAUUGCUAACAAAGUCCUCUUGGCUCUUUUCACCUGUGAGAUGCUGGUGAAAAUGUACAGCUUGGGUCUCCAGGCCUAUUUCGUCUCUCUCUUCAAUCGGUUUGAUUGCUUCGUGGUGUGUGGUGGAAUUACCGAAACAAUCUUGGUAGAACUGGAAAUCAUGUCCCCCCUGGGCAUCUCUGUGUUUCGCUGCGUGCGGCUCUUGAGAAUUUUCAAAGUGACCAGGCACUGGACUUCCCUGAGCAACUUGGUGGCAUCCUUGCUAAACUCCAUGAAGUCCAUCGCAUCACUGCUGCUUCUGCUUUUCCUCUUCAUCAUCAUCUUUUCCUUGCUUGGGAUGCAGCUAUUUGGCGGCAAAUUUAAUUUUGACGAAACACAGACCAAGCGGAGCACCUUUGAUAAUUUCCCUCAAGCGCUUCUCACGGUGUUCCAGAUUCUAACAGGGGAAGACUGGAACGCUGUGAUGUAUGACGGCAUCAUGGCAUACGGGGGCCCGUCGUCUUCAGGAAUGAUUGUCUGCAUCUACUUCAUCAUCCUCUUCAUAUGCGGUAACUAUAUUCUGCUGAAUGUCUUCUUGGCCAUCGCUGUAGACAAUUUGGCUGAUGCUGAAAGUUUGAAUACUGCUCAGAAAGAGGAAGCCGAAGAAAAGGAAAGGAAAAAGAUUGCCAGAAAAGAAAGCCUGGAAAAUAAAAAGAACAACAAACCAGAGGUCAACCAGAUAGCCAACAGUGACAACAAGGUUACCAUCGAUGACUACCGAGAAGAGGAUGAGGACAAGGACCCCUACCCACCCUGUGAUGUGCCAGUAGGUGAAGAGGAAGAGGAGGAGGAGGAGGAUGAACCUGAGGUCCCUGCUGGCCCCCGUCCUCGCAGAAUCUCUGAGUUGAACAUGAAAGAGAAAAUCGCCCCCAUCCCCGAAGGGAGCGCUUUCUUCAUUCUUAGCAAGACCAACCCGAUCCGCGUGGGCUGCCACAAGCUCAUCAACCACCACAUUUUCACCAACCUCAUCCUGGUCUUCAUCAUGCUGAGCAGCGCCGCCCUUGCCGCCGAGGACCCCAUCCGCAGCCACUCCUUCCGGAACACUAUACUGGGUUACUUUGACUAUGCUUUCACAGCCAUCUUUACUGUUGAAAUCCUGUUGAAGAUGACGACUUUUGGAGCUUUCCUCCACAAAGGGGCUUUCUGCAGGAACUACUUCAACUUACUGGAUAUGCUGGUCGUUGGGGUGUCUUUGGUGUCAUUUGGGAUCCAAUCCAGUGCCAUCUCUGUGGUGAAGAUUCUGAGGGUCCUAAGGGUCCUGCGGCCGCUAAGGGCAAUCAACAGAGCGAAAGGACUUAAGCACGUGGUCCAGUGUGUCUUUGUGGCCAUCCGGACAAUUGGCAACAUCAUGAUCGUCACCACCCUCCUCCAGUUCAUGUUCGCCUGCAUCGGGGUCCAGCUCUUCAAGGGAAAGUUCUAUCGCUGCACCGAUGAGGCCAAAAGCAACCCCGAAGAGUGCAGGGGGCUCUUCAUCCUCUACAAGGAUGGGGAUGUUGAUAGCCCUGUGGUCCGUGAGCGGAUCUGGCAAAACAGCGAUUUCAACUUUGACAACGUCCUCUCAGCUAUGAUGGCUCUGUUCACGGUGUCCACGUUCGAGGGCUGGCCUGCGUUGCUGUACAAAGCCAUCGACUCAAACGGAGAGAACGUUGGCCCCAUCUACAACUACCGCGUGGAGAUCUCUAUCUUCUUCAUCAUCUACAUCAUCAUCGUAGCAUUCUUCAUGAUGAACAUCUUUGUGGGCUUCGUCAUCGUCACGUUUCAGGAGCAGGGGGAGAAAGAGUAUAAGAACUGUGAGCUGGACAAAAAUCAGCGUCAGUGUGUUGAAUACGCCUUGAAAGCACGUCCCCUGCGGAGGUACAUCCCCAAAAACCCCUACCAGUACAAGUUCUGGUACGUGGUGAACUCCUCGCCUUUCGAAUACAUGAUGUUUGUCCUCAUCAUGCUCAACACACUCUGCUUGGCCAUGCAGCACUACGAGCAGUCUAAGAUGUUUAAUGACGCCAUGGACAUUCUGAAUAUGGUCUUCACCGGCGUGUUCACUGUCGAGAUGGUUUUGAAAGUCAUUGCAUUUAAACCUAAGGGGUACUUUAGUGAUGCCUGGAACACGUUUGACUCCCUCAUCGUAAUCGGCAGCAUUGUAGACGUGGCCCUCAGCGAAGCCGACCACUAUUUCACUGAUGCAUGGAACACUUUUGAUGCCUUAAUUGUUGUUGGUAGCGUCGUUGAUAUUGCUAUAACUGAAGUGAAUCCAACUGAAAGUGAAAGUGUCCCUGUCCCAACUGCCACACCUGGGAACUCUGAAGAAAGCAAUAGAAUCUCCAUCACCUUUUUCCGUCUUUUCCGAGUGAUGCGAUUGGUGAAGCUUCUCAGCAGGGGGGAAGGCAUCCGGACGCUGCUGUGGACUUUUAUUAAGUCCUUCCAGGCGCUCCCAUACGUCGCCCUUCUCAUUGCCAUGCUCUUCUUCAUCUAUGCGGUUAUCGGCAUGCAGAUGUUUGGGAAAGUUGCCAUGAGAGAUAACAACCAGAUCAACAGGAACAACAAUUUCCAGACCUUUCCUCAGGCGGUGCUGCUGCUCUUCAGGUGUGCAACAGGGGAGGCCUGGCAGGAAAUUAUGCUGGCCUGCCUCCCAGGAAAGCUCUGUGACCCUGAAUCUGAUUAUAACCCUGGGGAGGAGUACACAUGUGGGAGCAACUUCGCCAUCGUUUACUUCAUCAGCUUUUACAUGCUUUGCGCAUUUCUGAUCAUCAACCUGUUUGUGGCUGUCAUCAUGGACAAUUUUGAUUAUCUGACCCGGGACUGGUCUAUUCUGGGACCUCACCACUUAGAUGAAUUCAAAAGAAUAUGGUCUGAAUAUGAUCCUGAGGCAAAGGGAAGGAUCAAGCACCUGGACGUGGUCACUCUGCUCCGCCGCAUCCAACCUCCCCUGGGGUUUGGGAAACUGUGCCCACACAGAGUAGCCUGCAAGAGGCUGGUUGCUAUGAACAUGCCGCUCAACAGUGAUGGGACAGUCAUGUUUAAUGCAACUCUGUUUGCCUUGGUUCGAACGGCUCUUAAAAUCAAGACGGAAGGGAACCUGGAACAAGCUAAUGAGGAACUCCGAGCUGUGAUCAAGAAAAUCUGGAAGAAAACCAGCAUGAAACUACUUGACCAAGUUGUCCCUCCAGCUGGUGAUGAUGAGGUAACCGUGGGGAAGUUCUAUGCCACUUUCCUGAUACAGGACUACUUUAGGAAAUUCAAGAAACGGAAAGAACAAGGACUGGUGGGAAAAUACCCUGCGAAGAACAGCACAAUUGCCCUACAGGCGGGAUUAAGGACACUGCACGACAUUGGGCCAGAAAUCCGGCGUGCUAUAUCAUGUGAUUUGCAAGAUGAUGAGCCGGAGGAAACAAAACGCGAAGAAGAAGAAGAUGUAUUCAAAAGAAAUGGUGCCCUGCUUGGAAACCAUGUCAAUCAUGUUAAUAGUGAUAGGAGAGAGUCCCUUCAGCAGACCAAUACCACCCACCGUCCCCUGCAUGUCCAAAGGCCUUCAAUUCCACCUGCAAGUGAUACUGAGAAACCGCUGUUUCCUCCAGCAGGAAAUUCGGUGUGUCAUAACCAUCAUAACCAUAAUUCCAUAGGAAAGCAAGUUCCCAGCUCAACAAAUGCCAAUCUCAAUAAUGCCAAUAUGUCCAAAGUUGUCCCCGGAAAGCGGCCCAGCAUUGGGAAUCUUGAGCAUGUGUCUGAAAAUGGGCAUCAUUCCUCCCACAAGCAUGGCCGUGAGCCUCACAGAAGGUCCAGUAUUAAAAGAGCCCGCUAUUAUGAAACUUACAUUAGGUCUGACUCAGGAGAUGAGCAGUUUCCAACCAUUUGCCGGGAAGACCCCGAGAUCCACAGCUACUUCAGGGACCCCCGCUGCCUGGGGGAGCGGGAGUAUUUCAGUGGUGAGGAAUGUUACGAGGAUGACAGCUCACCAACCGGGAGCAGGCAAAGCUAUGGCUGCGGCUACUACAACCGAUAUCCAGGCAGCAGCUUAGACUUUGAGCGGCCUCGAGGCUACCAUCACCCUCAAAGCUUCUCAGAGGACGAUGACUCACCGGUUUGCUAUGAUUCCCGGAGGUCUCCAAGGAGACGCCUACUACCUCCCACCCCAACAUCCCACCGGAGAUCCUCCUUCAACUUCGAGUGCCUGCGCCGGCAGAGCAGCCAGGAGGAGGUCCCGCCAUCCCCCGCCUUCCCCCACCGCACAGCCCUGCCUCUGCACCUGAUGCAGCAACAGAUCAUGGCAGUUGCUGGCCUCGAUUCCAGUAAAGCCCAGAAGUACUCGCCAAGCCACUCAACCCGGUCGUGGGCCACCCCUCCGGCGACGCCGUCAUACCGGGACUGGACACCAUGCUACACCCCCCUGAUCCAGGUCGAGCGGUCAGAGGCCCUGGACCAGGUCAAUGGCAGCCUGCCGUCCCUGCACCGCAGCUCGUGGUACACAGAUGAGCCGGGCAUCUCCUAUCGGACUUUCACACCAGCCAGCCUGACUGUCCCUGGCAGCUUCCACAGCAAAAACAGCGACAAGCAGAGGAGCGCAGACAGCUUGGUGGAGGCGGUCCUGAUAUCUGAAGGCUUAGGACGGUAUGCCAGGGACCCAAAGUUUGUGUCAGCGACAAAACACGAAAUCGCCGAUGCCUGUGACCUAACCAUUGAUGAGAUGGAGAGUGCAGCCAGCAACCUGCUGAAUGGAAACAUGCAUCCCCGGGCCAACGGGGAUGUGGGCCCCAUCGCACACCGGCAGGAUUACGAGCUCCAGGACUUCGGGCCCGGCUACAGCGACGAGGAGCCGGACCCUGGGAGGGACGAGGAGGACCUGGCAGAUGAAAUGAUUUGCAUCACCACCCUGUAGCCCCCAGGGAGCGGCAGACUGGCUCUGGCCUCAGGUGGGGCGCCGGAGGGCCAAGGAAAAAGUGCCUCGUAGUUAGGAAAAUUUAGGCACUAGUGUGGAGUCUCUAUUCAAUUAGACUUUUGUACAAGUGAUGUCAUGCCUCAAGGAAGCCAUAAACCUGGUAGGGGACAGCGGUGCCCACGUGCUCAGCCCCAGCUGUGGGGGAGAGCUGGUCCAGUCCUCCUGGAGAGAACCAGCGAGGAGAUCGGGCAAGCCCCGCCCACUGGUCCGGCGCGCAUGCCCACUGCCCACAGGCUCGUGGGGAAGGUUUAAAGGUGAUGACGAUCACCACACCUGUGUCAUUACCUCAGCCAUCGGUCUAGCAUAUCAGAUGUUCACUGGGCCCAGCAUAUCCAUUUUUAAGCCCCUUUCCCCUCAAAACACACUGCUUCCUGAUUCCUGUUCAGCUGUUCUGAAAUACAGUGUGUAAUCAGGACCUCCCUACCAGCUGUCAUCCUGAGAGGGGAGCAGGACCCUAUAAACGGGGUUUUCUGUGAUGUGACCAGUUUACAGGAAAGGGCAUCACUCCCCCGGGAAGCUUCUGACCGUGGGGCUAAAGAGUGACUGUAAACUGGAAUAAUAAUGCACUUGCAACCAGGUAAACUUAGAUACGCUAGUUUGUUUAAAAAUUAUAGAUUUACUGUACAUGACUUGUAAUAUAUUAUAAUUUGUAUUUGUAAAGAGAUGGUCUAUAUUUUGUAAUUAUUGUACCGUAUUUGAAAUGCAGCAAUAUCCAUGGGUCCUAACAAUUGUAGUUCCCCACUGAAAUCUAGAAACUAUUAGUAUUUUUACUUCGGGCUAUACAGAAGUAGAAGAAAUAGAGCCAAUUCCCCUUUAUUCAGUGAAAAUCUUUGGGGAGUAAAAUUUUCAGUUCAAAAGAACUUGUCACCAUAGAGAUUUCUCUAAAAUAUUUUGAGUCACUAUAGAUCUGUCUCUACACAAGAGAGACCAGAAGACUGUUUGCAGACUUUUCUUUGGGCAAGGGUUCUAUGAUUUGAUAUUGUACCUUCUGAUCCCCCGUGGGUUGCAACAGUCUUUUGUUUUACUUAAUAACCCUCUAAUGAGUUCACCGCAGAGUAGGUGGAGCUGGUUACUUCAGAAAUGUGGUUUUUCUCAGCUGCCCCCACAGGACGUUUUGGCAUUUCUGGUACAGGAAUAAUCAUACAGGUAAAUGAAGUCUCACGGCUGUUUGUCCCCUGGGGAAUGGAGGGGUGGGGAGCAGGGGGAGCAAAGUGAUGAUUUCUGGGAUCUGUACAAAUCGUAUUGUUGCCUUUUUACAAAACCUUGCUGUACUGUGUGUUCUCUUUGAGGGCUUUUAUAUGCACCUGAAUGAGGGCUGAAGUUUGCAUUAGAAUGCACUCACACUCCAAUUGUACUGCUUGACAAAGAAGACCCACUUUGGGAUCUUCAGACCCAUCAAGGCUUCCUUUUCUGUUCCCAGAACUACACUGACUUUGUCAAGUUACCUUGGCAGGGAGAGAGUCCCUGCAAGUCAAAAAGACUGGUAGGAAUUUUCAGUUUGAAAUUUUUCGAGAUUACAUAACCUGUUAAUUUUUUUUGUUGUUGUUGUAAAUAACACUUUGUUACGAAGACCUUACAAACCUCUUCUUAAGACAUUCUUACUCCAGAUCCAGGCAAAAACACUUCCAGGUUUGUAAAUGACUAUUUCCUGACGUACAUUCUUUUCUAUUAAAAUGCAAAAUGAUCUUCAGAAUCUAGCUGUGUAAUUUAUUGUUUGGGGUAGUUCUCCUUGCAAAGAGCUGGUGAUUGCCAGCAAGAGCUUCAGAAAGGGCCGGUACUUUGUGCAGGCCCUUCUGUAAUUAACUAUGCAGAUUUUUUUCUUGUCCUCAAGGCUCCUCCAGCGCAGAUAGUGGUAACUUAAUUCCAGAGCACUGUUUUUCCCAAAGGGCUAACCUACUGUUACUGUCAUCUCGGACUCUGGGUCUUUCCACUGAGUACUGGUCUUUCUAUGUGGUUUACCAAUAUCAGUCUAAAACUGCCCUGCCAGGACUGAGUUUUCUGGUCUAGGCAAUGACUUUUCUAGACAGCACUUGAAAACUGCUAUUUUUAUAGGCUGCAACACUCCUAAUAUCUGUCUGCGUUAAGCCUCAUUCGAAUGCUCACCUAACAUUAAAUUUUUCUUUGUAAGAAAUAUUGGAAGUGGCAGAGCAUGGUUUUGUUCUUUUAGAAAAUGCUUAAAAUUAAAUGUCUCUCUGUGGUUCCCAUCCUACCCCCAGAAAAAAAAUCAUUUUGUUGUGUCCCCAGAAAGAGAGUAUUUAGUUUCUUUCAUCUUGUCUUUUCUAUAAUAUUGCAAAAUGGAAACUGGCAGCUCUGCCUUAACUAUCAAGGAGCAAGAACCUUGUUGCAAUUGUCUCUGUGAUUUCCAGCCAGCCAGCUGGGCCAGGCGGCACCUCCCAGCUCAAUGCCGAGAUGUUUCAGAAUCAACUCCAGGCCAGGAGGGGUGAGUUGUGAAGGAAGCUUCUUGGUGCACAAAAUAGGCUUAACCUGUCCGAUGAACUCUGCAGCUGACCCCACACUUGUGUGAGAAACCGUAGCAGUUCAUUUCAUGGUGUUUAUGUUUUACAGUGCAAAGUGUCUUUGCCCAUUCAUUGCCUGUUUUCCUGUGAAGGUUUUUAUUGUUAGGAUGUGCGGUCAGUUAGUUUGUUCUGAAAACCAGCUCACAUGCAGCUCCUUUCUUAGCCUCCUUGGAUUCAAAAACAGACUCCAGCUAUGCCUUCAUUGGUUGAAAAAGUUUUUAUUUCUCUCAAAUGACAUUCCUUCCCUACUAGGGACCUAGGAGGGCAGGUGACAGAAGCAGGGCUGGGGCCCUUGCUGCCACCAGGGGAACAAGGGUGGUCUUGAGGGCGCCCUGUGGGGACGGUGGCAGGAGGUGUGGUGGGAGAGUUGCCUGGGUCUCAAGACAAGCCCAGUGGAGAAGAGUGUACGCUUUUCCUCAUUUUUGAAGAGAAAAGCACCUUGGUAUUAGAUCUGAUGUUAAGUUUUUCAGUGGAAACAGGAAAUGACCUUUGGGUGGAGGAACAAGUUUGGCUGGAGAGAAGAUGCUAUUUGAAUUUAUGGAAAUGAUUCCUGCAGCCUGCAUGGGAUGCAGAAGGGCUGUACCAAAAGGCACCAGAGUCUCACUUGCAGGACCUGCCCUUUACUGGUCACCUGUUGCUCUGAUACCAUGUGUUCUGGCUCAUACUCUACCAGGAAGAACCUUCUGCUGAUGCAGCAGCUUAAACACUGGCUUCUUCAAAGGGGUCAGUCUUCCUCAGAGGAGCUCUCAGUCAGGCUUUUUCAACCAUUUUGGGGAUAUGUACACUCUCCCAUUUUUGAGGUACUGCAGCCUUUUUGCUUGACCGAGUCUUCCCAGUUUCUUGAGGGGCUAAGUGCUGGCUAGUCUCUGUGCCCCGUGGGUCACCCGACGGUGGCUCAUCCUCCCCAUUCCGGUUGGCACCUUCUCCCCUCUAUGGCUUCCUCAGCCAACGCUUCUCACUUUCUGAGGUUGGAGGUUCCCCUGUGGCCAUGGAA